AUGAAGCAAGGAGGGACGAAGCAAGGGGGGAUGAAGCAAGGAGGGAUGAAGCAAGGAGGGAUGAAGCAAGGAGGGAUGAAGCAAGGAGGGAUGAAGCAAGGAGGGAUGAAGCAAGGAGGGAUGAAGCAAGGAGGGAUGAAGCAAGGAGGGAUGAAGCAAGGAGGGAUGAAGCAAGGAGGGAUGAAGCAAGGAGGGAUGAAGCAAGGAGGGAUGAAGCAAGGAGGGAUGAAGCAAGGAGGGAUGAAGCAAGGAGGGAUGAAGCAAGGAGGGAUGAAGCAAGGAGGGAUGAAGCAAGGAGGGAUGAAGCAAGGGGGGAUGAAGCAAGGAGGGACGAAGCAAGGGGGGACGAAGCAAGGGGGGAUGAAGCAAGGAGGGAUGAAGCAAGGAGGGAUGAAGCAAGGAGGGAUGAAGCAAGGGGGGAUGAAUCAAGGAGGGAUGAAGCUAGGAGGGAUGAAGCAAGGAGGGAUGAAGCAAGGGGGGAUGAAGCAAGGAGGGAUGAAGCAAGGAGGGAUGAAGCAAGGAGGGAUGAAGCAAGGAGGGAUGAAGCAAGGAGGGAUGAAGCAAGGAGGGAUGAAGCAAGGAGGGAUGAAGCAAGGAGGGAUGAAGCAAGGAGGGAUGAAGCAAGGAGGGAUGAAGCAAGGAGGGAUGAAGCAAGGAGGGAUGAAGCAAGGAGGGAUGAAGCAAGGAGGGAUGAAGCAAGGAGGGAUGAAGCAAGGAGGGAUGAAGCAAGGAGGGAUGAAGCAAGGAGGGAUGAAGCAAGGAGGGAUGAAGCAAGGGGGGAUGAAGCAAGGAGGGACGAAGCAAGGGGGGACGAAGCAAGGGGGGAUGAAGCAAGGAGGGAUGAAGCAAGGAGGGAUGAAGCAAGGAGGGAUGAAGCAAGGGGGGAUGAAUCAAGGAGGGAUGAAGCUAGGAGGGAUGAAGCAAGGAGGGAUGAAGCAAGGGGGGAUGAAGCAAGGAGGGAUGAAGCAAGGAGGGAUGAAGCAAGGAGGGAUGAAGCAAGGAGGGAUGAAGCAAGGAGGGAUGAAGCAAGGAGGGAUGAAGCAAGGAGGGAUGAAGCAAGGAGGGAUGAAGCAAGGAGGGAUGAAGCAAGGAGGGAUGAAGCAAGGAGGGAUGAAGCAAGGAGGGAUGAAGCAAGGAGGGAUGAAGCAAGGAGGGAUGAAGCAAGGAGGGAUGAAGCAAGGAGGGAUGAAGCAAGGAGGGAUGAAGCAAGGAGGGAUGAAGCAAGGAGGGAUGAAGCAAGGAGGGAUGAAGCAAGGAGGGAUGAAGCAAGGAGGGAUGAAGCAAGGAGGGAUGAAGCAAGGAGGGAUGAAGCAAGGAGGGAUGAAGCAAGGAGGGAUGAAGCAAGGAGGGAUGAAGCAAGGAGGGAUGAAGCAAGGAGGGAUGAAGCAAGGAGGGAUGAAGCAAGGAGGGAUGAAGCAAGGAGGGAUGAAGCAAGGAGGGAUGAAGCAAGGAGGGAUGAAGCAAGGAGGGAUGAAGCAAGGAGGGAUGAAGCAAGGAGGGAUGAAGCAAGGAGGGAUGAAGCAGAGGGAUGGAGCGACAGAGGCUUGGGCUAUAGUGAAGCCCUGCGGACCAAGAAAUGCUGCUGCUUCUGAGGAGGAGGAGGAGGAGGAGGAGGAGGAGGAGGAGGAGGAGGAGGAGGAGGAGGAGGAGGAGGAGGAGGAGGAGGAGGAGGAGGAGGAGGAGCUGUCACCGCCUAGAGGGGUGCUGGCAGAGGGGGCAUGGGGGUGGAAAAAAGGGAAGGAGGAAGGCAGUCAAAGGAGAGUAAAAGAGGGAAGCGGAGCGGGGAAAGAACGGAGCUUUGAGUAA